CGUGAGUCACAUCACGUUGCACAUGCACCGUCUUUAUUGUCAGCUGACUCUCUGUUUUGCUAAUUUAUACAUAAUUGCGAAAAUGCCGAAGGCAGUAAUCAAAAGGAAGCGUUUAACCUUUGAAGAGAAAUAUCAGCUUCUACGUGUAGUGAAAGCAGGUGCCUCAAAACAGUACGUGUUACAGAAAUAUGGAGUCAGUGAGACGAUGUACAGGAAGUUGUUAUCUCGCGAAACUGAUUUAAAUAAUAAGGUUGAAAGUUAUGAAUAUCAGAACAAGAAAUCGUCAAGAACAUGUAGUGACGUGCGUUUGGAUGCUGCUAUCUUUGAAUGGUUUAAACAAGCCAGAGACAGAGGUGAUCAAGUAUCCGGACCGAUUAUUCAAGAAAAAGCUCGCAUUUUAGAUGAAAAGCUCAACGGUUCUCAAACUUUUAAAGCAAGCAGUGGAUGGCUCUAUGGUUUUAAGAGGCGGUACAGUAUUCGAAUGAAAGGAGAGAAAUCGUGUAACGAUCCUUUAGGUGCUGCAGAAAUUUUGCCAGUUUUGAAAACAAAAAUUGAAUCCGAAAAUAUAAAGCUAGACAACAUUUACAAUGCAGACGAAUCAGGAAUUCUCUGGCGACUAUUGACGGGGUGCACUCUUCAUCUACGUAUAGAAGAAAAAGAAGCUUUAGAGAGAGAAGAGUGCAAAGAUCGUGUCACGGCUUUAUUUUGUGCCAAUGUCUCUGGAAGCCAUCGAAUUCCACUUUUGUUAAUUGGGAAAUCUGAAACUCCGACAUGUCUCGACAAUCUAAUAACCACAAAUUCAGAAGAUCAACGCUUUAAAAACUUGGACAGUCUCGGGGUCCUCUACACACACCAGGACAAUGCAUGGAUGGACAAAUCUAUAUUCUUGCUAUGGUAUAAGGAAGUGUUUAUUCCGCGUGUUUUGGAACGUCAAAGACAGGAUGCAAUAGCGGGAAAAGUUGUUUUGCUUCUCGAUAAUGCUCCAUGCCAUCCGAGUUUGGAUGAACUCAACGCGAUAAAUGAAAACUUUGAAGUCGUAUAUUUGCCUCCGAUUGUGCCAGCGUCGAAUCAACCCAUGGCUCAAGGAUUAAUUGCGACGACAAAAAAACUCUACAAGAAAGAAUUGGUGAGACGUUUAUUGUUCAUUGAGGAAUCAGAAAGAGCCGUUGAGUUUUUAAAAGAAUUUGGCUUUCCGGAUUGCUUUGGAAUGCUCAGCCUCGCGUGGAAUUCUCUAGAAACAACUACUCUUCAAAAAGCAUGGAAACAGCUCUUAGGCGACUCACUCCUUCGCCGGUCGUUUCCUCGGCAAGAGACUGACAUAAAACAAGAAGAAGAUCCUCUAUUCAUAGAUGAUGCAGUUCUGAGCGAACUGGAAUCUUCAAAUGAUUUGUUUACUUUAUCUGAUGAAAUUUUCGAUCAAGUUUCGGAACUAUUAUCAGGGCCAAAUUAUUCUAUAGAAAAAUCAAAAGAACAUCUAUUUAGGUGGCUUGAAAAUGAGAAUGAUGACUGCGGUUGGGAGCCAUUAUCAGACUGUGACAUUGUAAACUUUGUUACAAGUGGCAAACGUGAACCUGGAAGUGUAACUAAAAUGAAAAACAGCGAAACUAUGCUUGAAGAUCCUGUUUUUGUAAACUGUGUUGCAAGUGGAAGACGCAAGUCUGAAAUUUUACCAAACAGCGAAAUAAUUCUUGAAAAUCCUGUUUUUGUAAGCCUUGUUACAAAUAUAGGACGUCAAUCUGAAAUUGUAACUGAAAUCGAAAAGAGAAAAACUGUUCUUGAAGAUCCUGUUUUUGUCAACUUCGUUAGAAAUGGUAACCGCGAGUCUGAAAUUGUACCUAAAAUCGAAAACAGCGAAGCUAGACUGGAAAAUCUUGAUAUUGUAAACUUUGUUACAAAUGUGAGAAGCGAGUCUGAAAUUGUACCUAAAAUCAAAAACAGCGAAACUAUGUUUAGAGAUCCUGUUCUUGUAAGCCCUGUUAAAAAUGGUAUACGUGGAUCUGAAAUUGGAACUGGAAUCGAAAUGAAUGAAACUGUACUGGAAGAUCCUGUUUUUGACAACUUUGUUAUAAAUGGUAAACGUGGAUCUGAAAUCGAGAAAGGUAAAACUGUGUUAAAGAAACCUGAACCUAUGGAAAUAACGUCGUCGUUAGAGGCUCUUAACUACCUCAUGAAGUUUAAAAAUUGGGUGAAAUCGCGAAGAGACUGCUUGCCGAAACACCUUGAUUACAUUAGAGAAUUAGAGAACUUGACAACCGAACAUGAGGUAUGUUCAUGGACAUAGGAACAAAAGAAAACUAAGGAUAAUUUGAUAUGUUAAUACUCAUUUACGGCUCUCUAAUUAUGAUCAAGUAAAAAUUUUAAAUAUGAUAUAAACAAUUUUACCAAAUAGAUAUUUUACAAAUUUAUUUCCAUGCAUAAUUUCAGGUUUAUUCAAGCUUCCCUGAACAUGGUCAUAAAAGUUUUAAAAGAAUGUUUAAACAAAUUUUGCAAAGAUUAAGUUUAGGUUUCCUGAAAUAUCGUCGACCGAAAGUUAUCCAAUUUUUCCUCUUUUUUGUAAUACUUGGUGUUGAGAUAGCUUAACAUUAUAAAAAAUACGUGAAGAAAACUGUUGAGACCCAUUAUUUCUGAUCUGAUAAUUCACGGCGCAUUGAGAGCUCUCCGACGGCAAAAUAUGUAUAUUGCACAUAAGACUCUAGUUGAAAUAUCAACUAUAACUUCAAUGAUAUAUUAGUUAUAUACUUGAAUAAAGUUUGAUUUUCUGGUAUAAA